UAGUGUUGACAAGCAAAUGCUUUUUGUUCAUUUUUUCGACAUUCACAUCAAUUAAAUAAAAAUUCUAUUAUGUUUUAAUAAGUUCCUCGAACAAAAUGCCACAGAUGCUUAAGGCGUAUUUCCGUCACAAAGAUAGGGACCAAUGUGAGCUGUGUUUCAAACUAAAGUACAAAAAUGAUGUUGUGAAUUUAAACGAGGAUAUUUGUGCCGUUCGUCAAGCAACCGACUCAGUUUUCUCGCUACUCUAUCACAUACAGAAUAAAAUCAACAAAACACUUCAGAUACAAUGUGAGGAUAAAGACAUCUAUUUGGACAUACCAAUAUGCCUUAAACGAAAUGCAAAACCUGUCAAACCCGAGACAAUUCUAGCCAGUCUGUUACAAGUUAGAGGUGAAUUGCUUGUGUUUGAGAUAUUUGAUCAGUUCUAUCACGUUAUACCCAAUGCACCGUUAAUAAAAUAUGCAAAGCUGCCACCUGUUUUAUACACAAACUGUUCGAUAGCACCUGUAAAAUUCUCCACUGUUAACACAGACAGAUCGUCCUCUCAAUAUCGAUGGUACAAAUCAAUGAACCAAAAGAACUGGACGAAAGUUGGCGACCACUUCAGGUACAAAACCCAGUUAGAGGACAUUGGUUACUAUUUGAAGUUGGUGUGCAUCCCAAAAAACUGUUGGAACCAGAAGGGACCAGUGUGUGAGCUGAUUUCAGAGAAGGUUGUCCAGGCUAUGUUAGAUUUGCCAGAGUGCCCUUUCGAGAAGAGGCACCAGUACACAAAGGAACCAGUCAAUUUGCCCAAGUUGAGAAUAGUGUCAUACAAUGUUCUAUCAGAACGCUAUACGGAGACUAAUUUUCCGUACUGUUCCGAACAGGCAUUGGCGGUAGACUACCGAAAACAACUGAUAUACAAGGAGCUAGCUGGCUACAACUCAGACAUAAUAUGUCUACAGGAGGUGGACAGUCGCCUCUAUAACCAAUAUUAUCGAGAAAUUUUCGGUAAACUGGGCUACUACAGUUUCUACAACCGGAAGGGCAACCGCAUACCCGAGGGAUUGGCGAUAUUUUUCAACGCGCACAAAUUCAGACAGAGGACAGUACAGCACUUCGUGUUGACUGAGGUGGUGGAGGAAAGGAAGGACUUGGGUUAUAUAACAAAUUUAUUGUCCAAAAACAAAGAAGUAAAGGAGUUGUUUAUGAAACAAGCGACGUCUUUGCAAGUGGCAACUUUGUUUGGUAGAGAGCCUUUAAUCGUUGCCAAUACUCAUCUGUUUUACCACUGGGAAGCCUCGCACAUACGACUGUUGCAGAUUUCGAUUAUUUUGACCAUUUUGAACUCCAUAAAAAAGAAAGUGGUGCAUGAACAUGGACGUGCGUCGAUAAUAUUUUGCGGGGACUUCAACAGUAGACCAGACUCCUCAAUAUAUGAACUUAUGACCACUGGCCAAAUUGCAAGAGAUAAUCCAGACUGUUUAAAAAUUACAGACACUGGUUGCAAAUUCUUUAGCAAGCUGUCAAUGAUUAGCGUGUGCGGCACUCCGAAAUACACCAACUACACUUUAGAUUUCAAGGGUUGUUUAGAUUAUAUUUUUGUUGAGAAGGAGUUAUUUGAUGUUGUUGAUACCGUUCCGUUGCCGGACGAAGAGUUGCUAUCCAAAUUUGAGGGACUUCCCAACGAGUAUUUUCCGUCAGAUCAUUUAGCUUUGGUCGCCGAUCUGCGCAUUAAAUGACCGUGCCUUAUUCUAUUAAUUCUCUGUAAAUACGUCUAAAGUAAUAUAUUUAUAUAUGAAUUAUCAUUAUCUUUGUAUAUUUAAAUAAAAUAUUUCUUGUAAAUUUAUAUUAAGUUUCAGAGACCUUAUGUAUUAUGAAUUAUUUUGUAUUAAUUAAUUUUUGUAUUAAUAAAUUUAUUAUAUACCCCUUUA